ACAUUCACCAUCCAGGAUCAUUGGGUCCAAAACAUCGCGUGGAGCAGGUGCGUUGUCCUGGUUAACAACCAUUGCCGUUUCGCCCUCUCGACCCUGUCAAUGCAGUGAUAAGGCUUCAAAAUGGAAACAAACAUCAGGGUUGCGAUCAGGGUCCGGCCGCCACCAAGUGACGGUCUCUUGGCAGAUGAACGCAUAAUUAUUUCGACUGGGCCUCAACCAAACAUACUGACCAUCGAAAAUGUCGGGCCCUUCCAGUUUGACCAUGUGAUUUCUAUGGAGCAGUCGCAGAGCCAAACCUUCAAGGAAACUGUCGAGCCGCUUAUGCAUCUUGUAUUCGAUGGGUACGACGCCUCUGUAAUCGCCUUCGGCCAGCCGGACUCUGGCAAGAGCUACACAAUUUUUGGCCCAGAGAUGCACUGCGCCCUGAGUGAAACAGAGCACGGAUUGCUGCAGAGGACAUCAAGAGAGAUCUUCAACCGUAUUUCGAGUUUUCCUAACCGAAAGAUCAAGGUGUAUGCGUCUUUCGUAGAAAUUUACCAGGAGGUGAUGAGAGAUCUGCUCAAUCCAGACACAACUAACCUGAGAAUUAUGGAUGAUCCUUGCAUGGGAAUCAAGAUUGAAGGUGCAGUUUACGCCGAGUGUCAAAACACUGCAGAUGUCCUACAUUUGAUGAUGACUGGUCUCGCCAAUAGGCAAGCUGAUGACUGUGCGCAUGCCAUCUUCACCAUAGUCAUCAACCAACUCAUUCCAUCAACUGACAACAAAGUGGUGCAAAAAGUCUCUCUGGUUACAUUUGUAGACCUUGCCGCGGCUGAAAGGUUGAGCGCUGGAAGCAGCGUGAGAAUUGAUGCCAGUGUUGCUGCUUUGAGCAGCCUUCUUCGUAGCCUUUCGAGGAAGAGCAAUUACGAGUUUGUGCCUUACAAAGUGUCAAAACUCACGCAUAUUUUGAAACCCUCCGUGGGUGGAAGAGCACUUACAUCAUUUUUGUGCUGUGUUUCGCCUCUCGCUUCGGACACCGCUGACACCAUCACCACAUUAAACUUUGGAGAAUUGGCCAGACACGUUAUCAACAGACCUAUUUCAAAUUCGUUUGUUCGUGAGAUCAACAUUGCCAGCCAGGAAAGUGAAACAGUAAAUUUAAAUAGGAAUGAAGUUAAGGAACUCUCUGAAAAUAUCUUUGGAAUUGAAUUUGUCAUGGGACAGUGGCGGAAUCUUCUGACUGGUGCUGAGGAACUGUUUCAAAAUUUAACAGAGGGCAAAUCUGUAUCAAACGAGGAAUUGGAGCAGAUGCAAAGAUGGUUGUGCUUGAAGCAGGAGUGUGAAGAGAUUGCAGAAAGCCAGCAGACCGAAAGUCUAAGCAUCCUCCUUCAAAAGUCUUUGAAUACUCUUGGUUUGAGUGGCACAUCGGAAGUGAAAGUUAGUGAAAACGAAAGUAAUUCGGUGAACAAUAACAAUCGCCAAACACCAGUGUAUGACGCGGACAGUGACAGCACAGACGAAGAGAUGGUUGGAAAUGGAACGCACCACGCAAAAUCAAGCACAGCAACUGGCACAGAUGACGAAAAGGAAAGCAGAGGAAUAAGCACACCUGAGUUGAAUGCAAAAGUGAACACUCUGUUGGAACAAUUCCGCUCAGAACACAACUCCAAUGUCUGUGAUGUUAUUGGCAUGAAUAUGACUGACGAUGAACACAUAUCGCCUAAAUGCUCAUUUGACUUUGACCAGCUCUUCGCGACUGACGAAAAUGAGCCUGUUACGGUGAAAAGUAGUGAAAAGAGGACCAUUGUUGCACCUAAUGAACCUGAACUUAUUGUUGAAAUUCCUGCCUCUAAUGAGUGUGGAGACAUUGUUAUUAGAAGUAGAUCUGCUAGACAUACUCCACUGACUGAUUCAGACAUGGAUGCCAAUACUGAGAAAAAGGAUUGGGAUCCUGUCAAAGCUAAGCACAACCGCCUUAAAAAAGUGAUGAUCGAACUGCAGUCAUUGCAAACAAGAAUUCUUGACUUGCGGAGAGUUGUUGAGCUUAAGGAGGAGAUGUUGAAAGACCUGAUUGCACACGCGGACCUACGGCAGUCACUGAAGGCCAAGGUGCUAAGCAAGUAUAAUCAAGCCCUGGAAAUGGUCAGCUUUUGCACCGCGAAAUUAGCGCAGAGUGAGAAAGUUGCUGCGUCGGAUCCACGUAGCAGGCACCAUUUAGAAAUUGUUGAAACGUGCAGGGAGCUUUUGAAGCAGUACACGGAGCAGUUCGAAGACGCAACCACUGUUUAUAGACUGCUGGACAACACUCCUAAAAAGGCAAUAGAAUUUGAGAGGAGCCUGACAAGUUCGCGCAGGCAGCUUGAAAAGUUGAGGAAACUUUUUAUCAGACAAGAAAAAUAUAAAGAUAUGCUGGAAAAGGAGCAGCUCAUGCUCAGAACAGCAAGCCCACAGAAUAGGCCAGAAUCCUGUGGGAUUCCUCUUGAUGAGGAUCUUUCAACUGAUGGGUCUGUUGACACUUUGGAGGCCAAUGAAGAUUUUGAUAUCAAUGAGGAAGAAGACAUUGCAGUUCCUACUCCUGAAAAUGAGCGUGAUCCGCAAUGGCAAAGAAAGGAAAUCCAUAGGUUGAGGAAACUAAAAAAUAAUGUUAUAACUGAUCUCACCGAACUGCGGAACAAGUUAAAAGAUACUAAAUAUCUAGAAAAAGAGGAACUUUGGAACCUGUAUAAAUUAGAAGAGGCAAUUGAUGCCAUUGACACUGCCAUAGAGUAUAAAAACGAAAUAAUCUCUAACAUCAACUCAGGGUCAACUGUGAAUAGAGUCUGGGAAGAGAAUGAAGAUGUUCUUUUAAAACGCCUCUCUGGACUGUCGUUAAACGAAACCAAACUGCUCCUCUACAAGUAUUUCAAAAAAUGCGUUGACAUGCGGGAUGGAGGCAGACAACUAGCAGUUCAACUAGCGCAGCAAGAUACGCACAGCGAAAUAUUGGCUUGGAAGCUGCAUAAAGUUGGCAUUCAGACGGAGGAAGCGCGUGAUGCCACCGCGAAACAGUUUUUGGCCAAAGAAAUGGACCAUCAGGAACAGCUGCACAAGCUGCUUGCUACCCUGAGUGAAAGCAGCCAACAAUUAGCCGAAGCGACAAGAGCAGCAGUGGCCACCCGCUUCGACAUGGAACUUAGACAGGGCGACCGUGUGAUUAAGAAGAAAAUGGAGGACAUGAGACUCAUGGUGCACACCAAAGGUAAUGGUGGCGGUGCGUCAUCACACCACCUUGGAAGAUCUGGCUUUCCAGGAUUUGACGCCCUUGCUGCUGAACUGCCACUUGCGUUGCAACUUAACGCGCAUGACAGCACCAGGGGAAAACUCGUCCCUCCAAAACGGAAAGGAAGGGACUAUCAAGAUUAGUGGCUUGCCAGUUGACUAAUUUCUUCUCGUCUCUACUUGGUCAAGUUCCUUAGAACACGAAUCGUCACUUCUUGCUUUUCAAUUAAAAUGGUGCGCAAAAAUGAAAUCUUUUAAUUUAAUACUGCAUAAUAUUGUUUGAAACUUAAUUUAUUAACAAAAAGUAUUGAUCUCGAGCUUAACAGCUUAACUUUAAUUGUAAAAACAAACGAUCUUGAAACUAGAUCUUGCUAUCAGGUCAAUAUUAAGUACAUGUGAUUUGGGAGCCCAAGAUGCAUUUUUCGUAAAUUUUAAUAAAUUUUAAAUCCUUGCGGGCUAACAAAUAAGUAUCACUGUCUUGAUAUCAAAAAUUGCAACAUAAUUUAAUCUUUGUUUUAGAGCCAUUGCAUGCUUGGCUUGUUUUCUAAUAUAAAAUUGUUUUAUUGCUUUCAAGAAGUUAUUUUUCUUAAAACUUUGAACCUCAGAUAAAAUAAUCACAUACACUAUCAACGACUCUAGGUGAUGAGGGCAGAAGUCUACGAAUAAAUUCACGCUUAUAAAAAUCCCGGUAAAAGAUGUGCCACUUUUGAAACAAAAUAAUUUUGCCAUCUGUCAUUGAAUAAAAAUUCGAGAAGAAACAGAG